CAGCGCCGCGCGCGCGGCCGCCCCCGGAACACCAACACCAAUGCCAGCGCCGGCGUUGCCGCGUGGCGUCCAGGCGGUGCUGGUCACCUCCGGCCAACUCCGCAACCUCGACCCGCAGCUCCAGGUGCCGCCGCUCCUCCUCGCCAACACCCUCAUCGCCGCCUUCUCCCGCGCCGCCCUCCCUCGCCUCGCCCUCCCGCUCCUCCGCCACAUCCUGCGCCGCGCGCACCCCUUCCGCCCCGACGCCUUCACCUUCCCGCCGCUCGUCCGCGCGGCUCCGGGCCACGCCUCCGCCGCGCAGCUCCACGCCUGCGCGCUCCGGCUCGGCCUCCUCCGCCCGUGCGUCUUCGCGUCCGGCUCCCUCGUGCACGCCUACCUCCGCUUCGGCCGCGUCUCGGAGGCCUACAGGGUGUUCGACGAAAUGCCCGAGCGGGACCUGCCCGCGUGGAAUGCGAUGCUGUCCGGGCUGUGCCGCAACGCCCGCGCGGCCGAGGCGGUGCGCCUGUUCGGGCGGAUGGCGGGGGAGGGCGUCGCCGGCGACACGGUGACCGUCUCGAGCGUGCUGCCGAUGUGCGCGCUGCUGGGGGACUGGGUGCUUGCGCUGGUCAUGCACGUGUACGCGGUGAAGCACGGGCUGGACAAGGAGCUCUUCGUGUGCAAUGCGAUGGUCGAUGUGUAUGGAAAGCUCGGGAUGCUGGACGAGGCUCGGCGGGUGUUUGAUGGAAUGGAGCGCCGCGAUCUGGUGACGUGGAAUUCGAUCAUCUCAGGGUAUGAGCAGGGUGGGCAGGUCGCUGCUGCGGUCAAGAUGCUUCGUGGUAUGAGGGACAGCGGGAUUUCCCCUGACGUGCUGACACUUGUGAGUUUGGCGUCUGCUGUCGCACAGUGUGGAGAUGAGCGUGGUGGGAAGUCAGUGCACUGUCAUGUGACGAGGCGGGGGUGGGAUGUGGGUGACAUAAUUGCAGGAAAUGCUAUGGUUGAUAUGUAUGCCAAGCUAUCAAAGAUUGAGGCCGCCCAGAGGAUGUUUGAUAUCAUGCCAGUUCGGGAUGCCGUGUCCUGGAACACCUUGAUCACGGGGUAUAUGCAGAAUGGACUUGCCAACGAGGCAAUUGAGGCAUAUAGUCAUAUGCAGAAGCAUGAGGGUCUGAAGCCUAUUCAAGGGACAAUUGUCAGUGUUUUGCCUGCAUACUCACAACUUGGUGCCUUGCAGCAGGGCAUGCGAAUGCAUGCUCUGUCUGUUAAGACUGGAUUCAAUCUGGAUGUGUAUGUUGGAACUUGUAUGGUAGACUUGUAUGCUAAAUGUGGGAAGCUGGCGGACGCAAUGCUUUUCUUCGAAAAAAUGCAUAAAAGGAGUACAGGUCCCUGGAAUGCCAUCAUGGCUGGCCUUGGAGUUCAUGGGCAUGCCGAUAAGGCUCUCAGUGUCUUCUCACGAAUGCAGCACGAAGGAAUUAAUCCUGACCAUGUCACAUUUGUUUCACUGUUGGCUGCCUGUAGUCAUGCUGGCUUAGUUGACCAAGGCCGGAGUUUCUUUGAUAUGAUGCAUAUAACAUAUGGCAUUAUCCCCAUUGCAAAACAUUAUGCGUGCAUGGUAGAUAUGCUUGGCAGAGCUGGUCAGCUACAGGAGGCUUUUGAUUUCAUACACAGCAUGCCAAUUAAACCUGAUCCUGCUGUUUGGGGCGCUCUGCUUGGUGCUUGCAGGAUUCAUGGGAAUGUUGAAAUGGGCAAAGUGGCUUCACAAAACCUAUUUGAACUUGAUCCAGAGAAUGUUGGAUAUUAUGUUCUGAUGUCAAACAUGUAUGCAAAGGUUGGGAAAUGGGAUGGAGUUGACGAAGUGAGGUCUUUGGUCAGACACCAAAAUUUGCAGAAAACCCCUGGAUGGAGUUCAAUAGAGGUGAAAAGAUCAGUGAAUGUAUUUUACAGUGGCAACCAGACAGAACCCCACCCUCAACAUGAAGAGAUCCAGGCAGAGCUGCAGAAUCUGUUGGCCAAGAUGAGAACUAUAGGUUAUGUUCCUGACUACAGUUUUGUCCUACAAGAUGUAGAAGAGGAUGAAAAGCAACACAUCUUGAAUAAUCAUAGUGAGAGAUUAGCUAUUGCCUUUGGCAUCAUAAAUACCCCUUCAGGAACUCCGCUCCAUAUUUACAAGAAUUUGCGCGUUUGUGGGGAUUGCCACAAUGCCACCAAAUAUAUAUCAAAAAUAACUGACAGAGAGAUCAUUGUCCGGGAUUCAAAUCGGUUCCACCACUUUAAACAUGGGCAUUGUUCUUGUGGGGAUUUUUGGUAAAAUGCAAUAAUAAUAUUUUUAGUCUA